ACUGACUGCUGGGACUUCCCAGAGGGUGGAGGUGGGAGGGGAGGGAGGCAGGAGGCUGUUUUCCAUACAUCCGUUGAACGGAAGCUCAUACUUUUUUUUGGGGGGGGGGGGUUUCUCUCUCCAAAUACCCGUCUCCCUCACCAGCGUGAAACGGGGGACGAGAGGCUGUAGGGCCCUUGGUGGGUUGUUGUUUUGGGGUUUUUUUUUUUUUUUUUGGUUUUCCUUCUUUCCUCCCAGCCGAAAAGAGACAAACGGAGCAAGAAGAGACUAAAAUGACCACUUGGGCCUGAAAGAGGAGACAGUGAGGGCCAGGUGCUGGUGCGUUGUGUGUACUUUGUGAGCGCGCGAGUGCGCGCUUGUCCCUGAAAAAAAAAAAAAAAGCGGGAGGAGGGGAUGAGGGGGUAUUUUCACCGCCCCGCUUUCCUUUGGGCACCUUCUUCCCUUUCUUGGCCAAAGCGCUAGUGGCCGGUUUCUAUCCUUCCUCCCUUUCCCCACGUUUGCUUUUCAUCCUCCCUCUCCCCCCACCUCCCGGGUGCCUGGCAGCUCCGUUAACGGGGUCUCUGCUGUGGAAGAUGGCGACACCAGGGAUGAGCUGGCAGCAGCACUACUACAGCGGCAGUUCUUCGACCGGCACUGGGAAAUUCAACACCAGCUCUUCUUCCUCGGUGAUGUCCUCCCAUUUCGGCAUGGAAUACAACCAGGAUCUCCAUCUCAAAAUGAGCAAGAAAAUAGCUCAGCUAACCAAGGUAAUAUAUGCUUUGAACACAAAAAAUGAUGAACAUGAAGCUGCUAUGCAAGCUCUCAAGGAUGCUCAUGAAGAAGAAAUUCAACAAAUUCUUGCAGAAACCAGAGAAAAGAUUUUGCAAUAUAAGAGUAAAGUUUCUGAAGAAAUGGAUCUAAAAAGAAAAAUCCAGGUUUUAGAAGAGUCUCUAGAAGAUCACAAAAAGAUGAAGCAUCAAGCUUUAACUGAAUUUGAGGCUUAUAAGGACAGAGUUGAGGAUAUGCAACUCUGUGCAGAAGCUCAGCAUGUCCAACGUGUUGUAACUAUGUCACGUGAAGUGGAAGAAAUUAGAAAGAAAUUUGAGGAAAGAUUACGAAGUUUUAUACAACUGCAGUUACAGUUUGAGAAGGAUAAACGUUCAGCUCUCGAAGAGCUGAAAGCUGCACAUAGACUUGAGAUCCAAGACCUUAUGAAGACACAUCAAAAUCAAAAUGUUACUUUAAGCAAAGGUCAGGAAAAAUUGGAAGAAUUGCACAGGCAGGAUGUGGAACAGUUGAAUGUUAAAAUAGAAGAGCUAAGAAUAGAAAGAAAAAAGCUUAUUGAGGACUAUGAAGGUAAACUCAGCAAAGCUCAAUCUUUCUAUGAACAUGAACUUGAUACUAUGAAAAGAUCACAAUUGUUUACAGCUGAAAACCUGAAAUCUUGCAAAGAAAAGGAAGUAGAGCUAAGAAAGGAAUUUCAGAGUCAAGAAUCAGUUCUACGAAAAAAUCUGGGGAAGCUUAAAACUGAGUUGCAAAUGGCUCAGGAUGAAGCAGGGGCUCUUCGAGAAAAAUGCCAGAAGCUUCAAGUGGCUCUAAGUACCUCAGAAAACAGUGCACAGGCUCUUCAAAAACAACUAGAUGAUGUCAAAGAGGAGGAAAUGACAUUGUUAAGCAAACACAAAGAAGUUGAAAUUGAGUUAGCAGCUACAAGAGAGCGCUUACAACAGCAAGCCACAGAUCUAGUGCUAAAAGCUAGUCAUGUUGGAAUGCUUCAAGCUACCCAAAUGACCCAGGAAGUUACAAUAUCUGAUUUGGAAUCAGAAAAAUCUAGAUUAAAGGAGAAAUUGUCUCAGUUGGAAGAGGAAAGAAAUGUGUUACACAGUAAAACACAAAGUCUGGAUGAAAGACAAAGGCAGCAACUUCUUACACUGGAGAAGAGAGUAAAUGAAGCAAGGGAAACACAAAAAGAAUAUUAUGAAAAGGAGUUAAUGAAAUUGCAAGUCAAACUAGAAGGAGAGACUAUGCAGAUAAAAGAAGCUCAUUCCAAGGCUUUGGAGGAGUUGGCAUGGAAACAUAAUACAGCUCUUGAAGCAGCACAUAACAAUGCUAACAAGGAAAAAAAGAAACUGCAAAUGGAGUUGGAGCAGCAAUUUGAGAAAGAGAAACAACGUUUUGAAGAUGAGAAGAAUCUGCUUCGACAGCAGUUGGAAAGCCUAAGGGAAGAACUGACAACCAAAUUGACUUCCUCCAAUCAGGAGGUGGAGCAUCUACAGGAUGUCUUAAAAAGAAGUGAGCAGGGCCUUAGUACUGCAGAAGGGCACGUUUCUAGCCUCCAGGAAACCCAAGAAAUAUUACAAAAAGAAUUAGAACUAACCCAGGCAAAACUGAGAGAAACCGCUGACUCCUUAUAUAAUGUGGAGGGGGAGUUAAAUCAGGAGAGACAGCACCAUGAAGCAAUGAUUAUAACCAUGAGGGAAGAGGAAAAAUUAAAACUCGAUAGAAUGGCUCGUGACCUGGAAAUAAAAUGGACAGAAAAUCUCCGGCAGGAAUGUACAAAACUUAGAGAGGAAUUGAGACUUCAGCAUGAAGAAGAUAAAAAGUCAGCAAUGACACAACUCUUGCAACUAAAGGAGAGAGAGAAAAAUGCCGCCAGAGAGAGCUGGCAGAAAAAAGUUGAAGAUCUUUUGGAUCAGAUCACUCUGCUAAAGCAAAACCUAGAAAUGCAGCUUUCACAAUCUCAGAACACAAUGCAACAAUUGCACGCACAGUUUAGUCAAGAGCGGCAGAGACUGACCCAAGAAAUUGAAGAACUGGAGGAAGAGCAUCAGCAGAGACAUAAGUCCAUGAAAGAAGCACAUAUUCUUGCCUUUCAGACCAUGGAAGAAACAAAAGAACAAGAGCAAAAGGAACUCGAGGAACACUUGCAACAGAAAUAUUUAGAAGAACUUCAGGCACUGAAAGAUGCACAUAGACAAGCUAUGGAUGUUUUCAAAAUAGAAAUGGAACAGGAAGUGCAGACUCUUCGCUUUGAAUUGGAAGACGAAGGGAAAGCAAUGCUUGCAUCUUUGCGCUCUGAACUAAACCAUCAACAUGCUGCAGCAAUUGAUCAGCUCAGGCACAAUCAUCAGCAAGAAGUAGCAGCAGCUAAAAUGGAACUUGAAAGAAGCAUAGAACUCAGCAGGCUUCAGGAGAAAGAAUGUAUGUGCCGAAUAUCAGAUGUACAGGAUGAACUGAGGCAUCGAGACCAUCAUAUAUCAGAAUUGGAUAAGGAAAUACUUACUUUACAUGAAAACAUAAGUGCAUUAACUAAGGAAUUGGAGUUCAAAGGGAAGGAAAUUCUACGAAUACGUAGUGAAUCUAAUCAGCAAAUUAGGCUACAUGAACAAGAUUUAAGCAAGAAACAUGAGAAAGAGUUGGAUGUCAUGACAGCUGACAACAUCAGAGAGAAACAAAGUAUGCUGGCAGAUUUUAAUAAGACCCAAGAGCUGCUCAAGGAAAUUAAUUCAGCUUUGCAAGUUUCGACUGAACAUCAGACUAAAAAUGCUUGUUUAGAAGAAAUGGAAGAUAAAUAUCAAAACAGGGAACCAAGGCCAGAAGACCUGCAGCUUAUUGCAGAGCUGAAAGACCUGAUUGCUGAGAGGGAUCAGCUGAUAAAGAAGUUGAUUGAUGACAAAAAAUUCUAUCAACUGGAACUAGUCAAUAGGGAGACUAACUUCAACAAAGUGUUUAAUGCAAGUCCUAAUGUUGGUGUUAUUAAUCCUCUAGUAAAGCAAAAGAAGAAGAAUGAUAGAUCAGCAAACAGGUUUGUGAGUGUCCCCAAUCUAAGUGCUUUGGAAUCUAGUGGAGUGGGCAAUGGACAUGCUAACCGCCUGGACCCUAUUCCUAAUUCAUCCAUCCACGAUAUUGAGUUCAACAGCAGCAGACCACUUCCACAACCAAUACCACCCAAAGAGCCCAAGAUGGUUUUGAGCCCUCCUCAGACUGAAGCUUCCCCAAUGGCUUCACCAGAUCCUCAACGUCAGGAAUGGUUUGCUCGUUACUUCACAUUCUGAAAGAUUAUUUUGAAUGGCACAGCAUGGUGUGGACUGUACUGUUCAUAAUAGCAUGAUCUUAAAAUAAACCCUUAUGUGAAACAAGCUUUCUUGUAAUAUGUCAAACACUGUGAAUGAGAACGUAUUUGUCUCUCUGAUUUGAAAAUGCACUCUAUUUUAUGUGAUACUUGUUGGAAUCACUUGACAGUUAUAUAAAUGUGCUUAAUGACACUUAUUUUUAUUUAAAAUUGAAAACUAUUUAAACUUUGUAAUUACUGCAUAAUAAAAUUUCAUAGAAGAAAUGCAAUCUUUCCUCCACUUUUCCUAUAAAUAUGUAUAUUCUUUAUUUUCAGGGAAGGUUUUCACAUCCCAUUUCUCUCUCAAAUGCAAUUAAUUGCAUGGUUAUUAUAUAUUAAAAUAAAUUCUUAAUUUAAAAAUCAGACAAUGGCAAAAUAUGUUUAAAUCCAUAUAUUUUUAAUUAACUUAGAGAACUAACUUUAAAAAUUGUGGUUUAUUCUAAAAGUGAGGAAGACUGCUAAAUUAUAAUAAUAUAUAAAGCUAGGUGGUGAUAAGAUUAUAGUAAGAAAAAUUACGGAUAUUUUAAUGUUGAAAUUCAUCACCUUUUGUCAUAAAUAUUUUAUAAAUACAUGCAGAAGCAAUGCUCUUUAGACAUUUAGCAUUUGGGGUUACUACAUUAGGUAAUGCUGUUAAUUAAUAAAGUGAAAUUUAUGGAAAGCUGCAUUUUGAGGAUAUUAUCCUUUUGGAAAAACUCAGGCAUUAAUGAAAAAAUAGUGCUAAACAAAAUAAUUAUGCAUAAUAAAGCAUGCAAAUCUUUCAUCCGAGUUCCAGCAUAAAUAUUAACAUUUUUCUCUUCCAUUUCAAAAUUAAGCCAUGACCAUGUAACCUUUUUCAUCUGGAGAAUGAGCCUGAUUUUCCACUCUAUUACACCGUCUUAUAAUUGUGCAGGUUUUCUGAGAGAAAAGAUGUAAUAUACUGGCAAAUCUGGUUUUUAUAUAUUUUGUUGAUACUGUUGCUGUUAUUUCCAAGAUUACCACAAUAAAACUAACACUGGUAAUCUCAGGGAGAAACUUUUCUUUGUUUUAUGAAUGUACUUUUAAGAUCUGAUCUUUGUAUGCAUAAAGGGGGAUUAGGAAAAUUGCAUGGUUAUUUUAAAAACAGUUUUUAUUCUUAGAUACAAAAAUAUAGCUCUCCAUUAUUUCUGCUAAAGCCUGACUGCGUCUUCCCAUUAUGCAACAGCAUAAUCAACCAAUGGUACCACCAAUAAUAUAGUGAAUUUUAUAUGUAGCAUAUGUACAAAAAAUUUCUAUGUUUUCAUAUAAAAUGUCCUAAUCAGACUUUUCAAAUUGUAUCUCCUGUAAACUCAUAUUGAAUGCUUCACUGGAAGCAAUGUUCUAAUGCUUUCCUGCUAAUCUAAAGCAGCAUUUGACAGAUAUUCUAUGGUCUGUGUAAAGAUAUAUACAGCCUUUACAUUAGAAGAAAGCCAUAUUAAGUUAAAGUUGGAUUUCUUGGCUGUUACCUAUAAUAAAAUAUACUGGAUAAUUUUGCAAUGAUGAUCCAAAA